AUGACUAUAUCUUUCACGCACAAGGGAUCGGUGAAGGGCUUCACGUUCUUGGGACGGUUAAAGGAUUGGCUUCGGUCACUCGUUGACAAGAGGAUCGGUCCCGCCGACAAGAGACAAAAGCUGCCUGCGCGGCGCAUUUCUUUUAGCUAUCGCCUCGUCGUCCCUCGCCCCACUGGAGACAACGUUACUUUUACUUGGAGCUUCCCGGGCCAGUUCCCCGCCUCCAUUGUAGGGCCUGUCUCUAUUCAACCUGUAUCGUCGCAGCUUCCCGUGUUAUCGACCAUAGAGGAUGAGUCGUUUCUUGACGAAGUCUACGAUUGA